AUGUCUUCCAUUUCGACUGGCUCGACCCAGUUCUCAGGCCUGCAUUCGUACCCCAGCGCUGCCAUCCAUCGCAAGGAUGUCGAGAUUAGCCCGGGAGAGUUCAGUAUGCCAAGGGUUCCGAAGAGGAGUAGGAGGGGUACGGAUGGGAGUGCUAGGAGCUCGAGGAGCGAGGGAAGGAGGGAGAAGAAGAAGGAUAGUUUUGAGGCGCAUGCGUAUGGACGGCACAGCAAUCAGUGGCUGUUCAAUGACUUUAGUAUUACGGAUGCUGUCAGGAAGAGAUAUGGGAAGGUGUUUGGGAAGGACAGUUAG